GCGACUUUUAAAAAGCAAAUUGCACAUCGGGCCUCAACUUUCAGCUCAUUCAUUCCUCAGCUACACUACCACACUUCAUCCACCUCACAAGCAAAGCGCCUUGCAUCAUGAAAUUCUCAUCUGUCCUGUUCUCCAUCUCCGUCUUUGUCCUUUCCGCCUUAGCACAAACGACAGAAACCCUUUCAUAUGACAGCACGUACGAUAACGGCUCCCUCUCCCUUUCCAGCGUCGCUUGUUCAGAUGGUGCCAACGGGCUUCAGACAAAGGGAUACACGACCCUUGAUUCACUUCCCACAUUCCCUAAUGUCGGCGGUGUCUACACCGUGACGGGGUGGAAUUCCGCUGCGUGCGGGGCCUGCUAUAACGUCACAUACGGGGGUAAAUCUGUUACUAUCCUCGCGGUUGACGUAUCCAAAACCGGCUUCACUGUUUCAGAGGCAGGCCAUGAACACCUUGACUGGUGGCCUGGCCGUUGAGCUGGGAAGAGUGGAUACUAUGGCAACCCAAGUGGAUGCGUCAUUAUGUGGAUUGUAGUUGCAUUGCAUCGGAAGUUUCUUCUGCGUCUGGACUCUGAGAUCUGAGUGUCAGAUAGACAAUAAUGCUCAAGCUGAGACUU